AUGGCACCACUUGAAAAAAGCAUUAGCAUUUCCCUUUAUGAUUUCCUCAAGAAGAAAAUGUUUGUUGCUUCGACUAUCUCUCUCGUUGGGACCGAGACCUUCAGAUUGAACCCAGGAUUGGUGAAAACAUAUUGGGACUUCGAUGACGGUUUUCUGAUGACAGCCAUUGGGUUACCAAAAGUCCUUAUACCAAAGCAAUAUGCAGCUUUAGAUCGAAUGUUACAAGCUUCGAAACGAUGGAUUGACUCCGCAUACAGCCAACUCGACCCAAAAGAGUCUGAUGCCGAAUGGGAAGGGAACUUUGGUUCUAAGUUUAUACGUAAGAUGACUGAGGUACUUGCGGAAUCUGGUGUGAGCCGAGAAGGACAAGCGGUAGCAAUGCUUCCGCUCAUCUGGGCGUAAGUACUUUCCUCCCCUAUUGUUCCUCCGCCUCUGACAAACCAUAGUAUAAACUCCAACGCCAUUCCCUGCGCAGGAUGGAUGAUAUUCGAGAUUCUUAAACACCCAGGCCUUUUCCAGCGUCUCCGUGAAGAGGUUUCUCCCUUCAUGACAUCGGAAAGCACCGGCAAAACUCGAUUUUACAUCCCAAAUCUUGUUUUUAACUCCCCCUUACUGACCUCUCUUUACCUUGAAACAAUCCGUACUUGCACUUCCUCAUCCCCAACCCGCCGCCUAAUGCAAGACCUAGAAGUCGAUGGGUAUAUUUUGAAAAAGGACAAUCACAUAAUGGCAUCUUCUUGGAUCCCAGCUCAUUCAACAAUCUGGGAUGUACCCGGUCAUCCUGCAAAUUCUUUCUGGUAUGCACCCUCAAAUCUUCCUUAGUUUCCUCGUUCAUGGGAAAAUAUAUAUGCUAAUAUAUUGCAGGCCGGAGCGAUUCAUCGAGAUGCCAAAAAUGAAACCCAAAGACCCAGAGGAGAAAUCCGCAGAUGAAAUUGCCAUGCGCCCCGAGAAUUUCUUCCCUUAUGGAGGUGGAAAUGUAGUAUGUAGCGGAAGAUUCUUCGCAAAGCAGGAGAUCAUGACUGCCGUUGCUUUGUUAGUUAUGAAAUUUGACUUCGACUUUGAGGGUGGUUGGGUCACGAAAGAUGGAAAGACUUCAGAGAGGGGAGCAAAAUGCAAUGAGAGCUUAGCGGGUUCGGGGGUUCUUACUCGGGAUAGGGAUAUGGUUGUAAAGAUGAAGAGAGUUCGUUAAGUGGUUAUCUUAGGCAUGGGAUUGUUGGAUAUCCCUUUGUGCGUCGGAUGCCAUGGUGGUUUGUUUCGGGUAUUGGAUUUUUGGGGAUAAUCUUUUUCUUCUUAUCUAUAACUAUUUCUUAAUCUUGCAUAACGUAUGAUCUUGACUUCUCAACUUUUCGGAAGCUUUUAACCCUGUUUUUUGUCGUUUCACAAGCUAGCAAGAAAAAAAC